AUGAAGGCCGCUGUGAUCUCGCCUGCGCUCUCGAUGUGGUGGAAGGUCGGUGCCAUCUCGGGUGCCAGCGCUGUGCUACUCGGGGCUUUCGGUGCUCACGGACUCAAAAGCCACGUGAAGGACCCGCACCUGCUCAAGGACUGGGAGACGGCAGCGCACUACCAAUUGGUCCACUCGGUAGUUCUGCUAGCCACGCCCAUGUGUCGACGUCCGGGACUAGCGGGUGGUCUCAUCACCACUGGGACGCUGCUCUUCUCGGGCUCGUUGUAUGCCAUGACGCUCACGCAACAGAAGAAGCUCGGCAUGGUCACGGUGCGUAGUUGUUCUGCAUAA